GCUAUAGGACAUACGCCCAUCGUGUAGCUGUACAUAGAAGGGUUGAUUUAAGAAAAAAAACGUACUAAAUAGUAAACGAAGUGCAAACAGUUCGGUACAGGACAAGCCAAAAUGUAAAUGACAGCAAUUCAUUUGCAUGUACACGCUGAAAGCACAUUGGUUAAUAUUUUAAUGUGUCCAGUGAUCCGUAGCUACUAUUACGAAUCGUCCUGUUGACGAAACGUCGAACAAGUGACUGCGGGCCUAGUCCAUCUGAUUACUUUCCUGCGUAUUUACGCCCGCGGCGUACAUUUACCAUUCACAGAGGUACGCAUUUUACGUCUUGCGUUUUCGAUGAGCAGGAUUGGACUCCAGACCACAACUAUCGUGAGACAAGAGAAAGAUGCUGCUACAGGUGGGAGGAAAACGCUCUACACUGGGCCUUUUGGCCAUCAGGAGGGUGUGGUGUAUGACCUGCUCUGCCCACACAGCACCUAAGACGCUGGAGUACAGACCCAUCAAGAAGGUCAUGGUAGCUAACAGAGGUGAGAUUGCCAUCCGGGUGUUUCGGGCAUGCACAGAGCUGGGUAUCCGCACAGUUGCUAUCUACUCCGAGCAAGACACGGGUCAGAUGCACAGACAAAAAGCAGAUGAAGCUUACCUGAUUGGAAAGGGACUGCCACCAGUAGCGGCCUACCUGCAUAUACCAGACAUCAUCAAAGUGGCCAAGGAGAACAACGUGGAUGCCAUUCACCCAGGCUAUGGCUUUCUUUCAGAAAGAGCAGAUUUUGCCCAGGCAUGUACCGAUGCUGGGGUGCGAUUUAUCGGCCCCACCCCGGAGGUGGUGCGUAAGAUGGGAGACAAAGUCGAAGCCCGUGCCAUUGCAGUUAGUGCAGGUGUGCCAGUGGUACCCGGAACACAAGCUCCCAUAUCGUCUUUGCAGGAGGCUCAAGAGUUCUCCAAUACUUGUGGCUUCCCCAUUAUCUUUAAAGCUGCAUACGGGGGUGGAGGCCGUGGAAUGCGUGUAGUCAGGGAAUAUGAGGAACUAGAGGAGAACUAUAAUCGGGCGUACUCGGAGGCCCUGGCCGCCUUUGGCAAUGGAGCUCUGUUUGUGGAGAAGUACAUCGAGAAACCCAGACAUAUCGAAGUGCAGAUCCUGGGCGAUAAAUACGGCAAUGUCAUUCACUUGUACGAGAGGGACUGUUCAAUCCAGAGGAGACACCAGAAGGUGGUGGAGAUCGCCCCGGCCUCGCAGCUUGACCCGCACCUCAGAGACCGGCUGACAGCCGACUCUGUUAACCUCGCCCGACAGGUUGGAUAUGAGAACGCAGGCACAGUGGAGUUCCUGGUGGAUAAAAACGGAAAACAUUACUUCAUCGAGGUCAAUUCCCGUCUCCAAGUGGAGCACACUGUCACAGAGGAGAUCACAGACGUGGAUCUGGUACACGCUCAACUGCGAGUGUGUGAGGGGCGCAGUCUGCCCGAGCUGGGCCUGAAACAGGACAAGAUACGGAUCAAUGGAUGUGCCAUUCAGUGCCGUGUGACCACUGAGGACCCUGCACGUGGCUUCCAGCCCGACACAGGAAGACUGGAGGUCUUCCGCAGUGGAGAGGGCAUGGGAAUCAGGCUGGACAGCGCCUCUGCCUUCCAGGGUGCUGUCAUUUCCCCUCAUUACGACUCUCUACUAGUUAAAGUGAUCGCCAGUGCAAAAGACCUGCCAGCUGCCUCUGCUAAAAUGAGCAGAGCAUUAGCCGAGUUCCGUGUCCGGGGAGUCAAGACAAACAUCCCCUUUCUCCAGAAUGUGUUGAGUAAUCAUCAAUUCCUGAACGGGACAGUGGACACUCAGUUCAUCGAUGAGAACCAAGAUCUCUUCAAUCUCAAACCAGGCCAGAACCGAGCCCAGAAACUGCUCCAUUACCUGGGUCAUGUUAUGGUGAAUGGCCCGACUACUCCGAUACCUGUCAAGGCUAAGCCUUCCCCCAUCGAUCCGGUCAUCCCACCAGUGCCUCUUGGUGAGCCACCAGUAGGUUUCAGGGAUGUGUUGCUGAGAGAGGGUCCAGAUGGUUUUGCGAAGGCGGUGCGUGCCCACCAGGGUCUGCUGCUCAUGGACACCACGUUUAGAGACGCCCACCAGUCCCUCUUGGCCACUCGCGUACGCACUCACGACCUAAAGCGCAUCGCGCCGUUUGUGUCUCACAGCUUCAGCAACCUAUUCAGUGUGGAAAACUGGGGAGGCGCUACGUUUGAUGUGGCCAUGCGUUUUCUGUGCGAGUGUCCUUGGAAGAGGCUACAGGAGUUGAGGGCCCUGAUGCCAAACGUUCCAUUCCAGAUGCUUCUGCGAGGUGCCAACGCCGUUGGAUACACCAACUACCCUGACAACGCCGUCUACAAGUUCUGUGAGGUGGCCAAAGAAAACGGCAUGGACAUCUUCCGUGUCUUUGACUCGCUGAACUAUCUUCCCAACAUGCUCUUGGGAAUGGAAGCGGCAGGAGCUGCAGGAGGAGUGGUGGAGGCGGCCAUCUCGUACACGGGUGACGUUUCAGACCCCACAAGGCAGAAAUACACCUUGGACUACUAUCUGAAACUGGCAGAUGAGCUGGUCAAAGCUGGAACGCACAUCCUUUGUAUCAAGGAUAUGGCGGGUCUGCUGAAGCCAGACUCCAGCCGUUUGCUUGUCGGUGCGCUGAGGGACAGAUUCCCUGAUGUGCCCAUCCACGUGCACACUCACGACACCGCAGGGGCCGGAGUGGCCGCCAUGCUGGCGUGCGCGGACGCCGGGGCUGAUAUCGUGGAUGUGGCGGUGGAUUCAAUGGCCGGGAUGACGUCCCAACCCAGCAUGGGUGCCAUUGUGGCGUGUACCAGGGGCACCAAUCUCAAUACCGGCAUCUCUCUUGAGAAGGUAUUUGACUACAGCGAGUAUUGGGAGGUGACCCGGGGCCUUUAUGCUCCAUUUGACUGCACAGCGACCAUGAAGUCGGGGAAUGCUGAUGUCUAUGAGAAUGAGAUCCCUGGUGGCCAGUACACCAACCUUCAUUUCCAAGCACACAGCAUGGGGCUGGGGAACAAGUUUAAGGAGGUGAAGAAAGCUUAUGCAGAAGCCAACAAGCUGCUCGGGGACCUCAUCAAAGUAACACCCUCCUCUAAGAUUGUGGGCGAUCUGGCACAGUUCAUGGUGCAGAACUCUCUGAGUCGGGCGGAGGUGGAGGAGAAGGCGGAUGAGCUGUCUUUCCCUCUCUCCGUGGUGGAGUUCCUCCAAGGGCACAUCGGCAUCCCCCACGGAGGCUUCCCUGAACCCUUCAGGUCAAAGGUUUUGAAGUGUCUGCCCAGAGUAGAGGGACGUCCCGGUGCCUCUCUUCCCCCUAUGGAUUUCCAAGCUUUGGAGAAGCAGCUGCAAGACGCCCAUGAGGACGAAAUCACCCCAGAAGAUGUGAUGUCAGCAGCCAUGUACCCUAAAGUGUUUCAGGAGUUCAAAGAAUUCACUAAAGCAUUUGGCCCUGUAGACUGUCUCGAUACCAGAAUUUUCCUAGACGGACCCAAGAUUGCUGAAGAGUUUGAGGUGGAGCUGGAACGGGGCAAGACGUUACACAUCAAGGCUCUUGCACUGGGAGAUCUUAAUAAAGCCGGUCAGAGAGAGGUUUUCUUCGAGCUCAACGGUCAGCUCAGAUCCGUACUGGUCAAGGACACUGUGGCCCUGAAGGAGAUGCAUUUCCAUCCCAAAGCCCUGAAAGACGUUCGUGGACAGAUCGGAGCUCCCAUGCCUGGUAAGGUGGUGGAGGUCAAAGUGAAGCAAGGCCAGCAGGUGGAGAAAGGCCAGCCGCUCUGCGUCCUCAGCGCCAUGAAAAUGGAGAUGGUGGUUAACUCGCCGCUGUCUGGCACCGUGGCCAAGGUGUACGUGACCGCCGAUAGCACCCUGGAAGGAGAUGAUCUGAUUCUGGAGAUAACUGAAUAAAUUUCAAGGCCGGCGGCAAGGAACGUGACGCAUCACCUGGGCUAAACACACACACACACACAGAUAAACACAGACACACAAAUCGACACAGUUUUGUACACAUGGUGGCAGACUUAUUUUCUUGAACACAUCAGGCAUUACAAAAGGUGGAAGGGUGAAACAAACGCAACAUAUUGUGAUUCUAAAAAUGUACCUUUGAGCUAGAAUCUAGUGUCAUGUGCACUUGUCAUUCGCACUCCUCACUUUGAUUGUGAGGAGGAUAUGAACUAGUGUUAUGCUGUUUUCCAUUGACAGCUGUUAGUGUUUGUCUGUCUUUAAUUAGUAUUAUUGAAAGUAGUGAUAACUAAAAGAUUUACACUUAAAAUGAAGCAAUGAAGUAAUGACAUAAUUAGUCUCAAGUAGAUAUAGACUGUCAUGUUUAUCAUCUUGCUCAGUACGUUUGGUCAUUUUGCAGUCGUUUAUAUAAUGCACUACAAAAUGGUUUAGGAGAGUAAAAUAUCUAAAAUCUUUCAAAAUGAAGUCCUACACCUGACUCGAGCACAAAUGGUUUUACAAAUAUUCGUAAACACAGAAACAUAACUUCCUUGAAUUAUCGACCAAAAUUUUUGUUUAUGACAAACGGCAUAAUUUCUUUCACCAAUGGCCUUGCUCACUCUUUUCAGAAAUAGAUCAGACGUCUAAGACUUGAGUGUGUUUUAUGCAACAGCGGAGAACAGUGAGAUCCGUCGAGGACGAUCGAUAGCUUUAUAUUCAAAAGCACUUAUAGACUCCACGGUGACUGCAGGGCACACUCGGUUGAAACGCGGCCGUCAUUUCCCAGGACUCAUCUCGCGCUUCGGUUUCAAUCCCUCCCUUAAUGUGAAUUUAUUUCACCGUCCCGUUACAUUCCCCUAAGCAGCAGAUGCUUCAUGGCCGCCGUAGUGGCACAAAUAGCUGUAUUCCCCGGCUUUGUCUAAUUUCCCCUGUCGAACACAAUUGAUAUCAUUUGUAACCGAUAUUGAGAGGUUUGAUUUAACGGCGCAAGUAAUUGAAAGCACUCUGCGUGAGAUGCUUGGCUGUCGCCACAGAAGAGGUCCACUGGGUGGCAUCUAAAAUAGCCGUAACAAUCUCGACCUUAAGUUGACCACUUCUUCACCAAGGACCAAUAGCAUGUAGCUGCACAGCGGUAUGUUUUUAUGUGGACGUGAAUAGACAGAUGCGACGCUCGCCCCUUUAAACAGGAUAAUGGUGUUUUGAGAGAGAGAGAGAGAGAGAGAGAGAGGGAAAGAGAGGUAGAUUUCUCACGAUUAUGGAUAUUAGAGCCGUGAACAUCUGUGACUGGAUGUAGUAAACCAUUCUCAUCAUCAUCAGUUUUUCGUUUGAUUUUCACCGUGUUUGAUACGAACUCAUUCGAUAAUCUGUACAACGUGACAGCAACUGCAUCUCUGUUUACCCCAGUAGCAAGCAGAACACUGAGUACUUGUAUCACGAAACAAAAGGAUUCUGUUGUCUUUUUGACUUUAUUUGGUUCUAGUAUGUGUUUGGGGCACAAGCGGGGGUGUUGGAAAGCUCUGGAGAAGUCCUCGAUGUUAUCAGCCAUGAAAGCGUAAUAAAGCCUGUUGGUUUGUCCUGGUGACCCUCUCUGCUGGUCCAUAAGAGGUUUAGAGCUUCAAAGUGCAUGAAGCCUGGCUUUGUUAAUACAGGCAACAAUGCAGUAUUUAUCAAAGUUGUUAAAUGGGUCAUCCAGUCUUAUUAUAGCAGUGUACAUGGCUGAUGCGUACUGUAGACUCAUUUCUUUUUUUCAUUAGGCACAAUGAUAACUGAAACUUACAGGGUAAAUGGUUCUGUGUUGAUAGAUUAUAUAACAAUCUUUGAACUUGAAUGUUCUAAAGGUAACUGGAGGUAAUCUGUUUGACAUUUUGGAUGUAAUGCCUUUAUUAUAUCAUUUAUUAUCAGUGUAUUGAAUGUCUUUAUUUCUGUGAAUUCAUCUCUUCUCAUCCGUUUUGAUCAUGAGAAUUAUAACAUAUGCAGGUACUAAUUCGCCAUACUCUCAUGUUCUUGUAUGACAGAAGAAUAUAUAUAAAUGAAUAAAAAGAAAAUAUUA